AGGCCUAUUCGAGAAGGUGAAUUUUGUUACGUCAGCGAAAACGCUGUGUAGAUCUUUUGGAGUGUUGGAAGUCACGCGACAAGGUGGUAAACGUGAGCCUUUGGAUAAAGCCGUAGCGUUUCAAAUAGAUCUCAUACCCAAAACCUAAUGGCCAAUGAUGCAUUGGAAUCUGUGUCACCAAACAAUGAAUUUGAUAUACAUAUUAGACAAAAGGAUGAACAUUAUCGACUGGAGAGGACAUCUGGCUGUUUAGGUGGAUUGUUAUCAAGUGGUACUUGUCUUGAAAUCAGAGGACUGUUUACUCUUGCAUGGCCCACUGUGUUUUCUUAUUUUUUCUACCAUUUGAUCUCCAUGAUAACCCUGUUUUUUGCGGGACGUCUUGGAGAAGUUGAACUAGCAGCAGGGACAUUAGCUAUUUCAUUUGUCAAUGUCACGGGACCAUCUUUGUUCACUGGUUUGUCUUCAGCUUUGGAGACAUUAGGCUCACAAGCCAUUGGAGCCAAGAACUAUCGCAUGGCAGGCAUCGCAUUUCAGAGAGGGAUUUGGAUAUUGGGUAUUGCAUGUAUAUUAACCUGGGCACUCUGGAUCAAUGCUGAACUGCUGUUGCUGAGGGUAGAACAGAAAAGAAAUGUUUCCCACCUAACACAGGAGUUUACCCUUACAUGCAUUCCUGCUUCAAUAGCUAUCUUCAUGUUCUUUCUAUUACAAAGAUAUCUUCAGACCCAGGGUGUUGUGAAACCAAUUCUUUAUGUUGGUGCUGUCUCCAAUGCUAUUCAGAUUGGCUUGAGUGCAUUGAUGGUAUAUGUCCUCAAAUGGGGUUUCAGAGGGAUUGCCAUCAGCUGGUCUUUUACCAAUGUGAUUCUAUUUUUGUUGACCUUUGUUUAUAUGAAGGUUAUGAAGUUGGAUGCAAAAACAUGGCCAGGCUGGACCAUAGAAAGUCUGUUAGACUGGGGACAGUUUAUCAAGCUUGCUGUGGCUGGAAUGGUGAUGAUUUGUAUUGAGUGGUGGAGUUUUGAAAUAGGAUCAUUUCUUGCAGGGUCGUAUGGUGAGUACCAACUGGCCACAUAUGGGGUAAUUUUCCAGUGGGCCGCAUUUCAUUUUAUGAUUCCUCUUGGAAUAAGCAUUGCCGCUGGUGUCCGUGUUGGAAAUGCUUUGGGUGCCGGCGACCCAGCUGCGGCAAAAAGGACAGCGAAAGUGGCCAUUGGACUUAUCGUCUGUAUAGAUCUUGUUGUGUUUGCCAUUUUCUUUGGACUGCAAGACAUGACUGGAAGAGUGUUUACCGAUAACAGCGAAGUGUUGUCAUUAUACACAAAGAAUAUUCGCUUCAUGUCUGCCUACUUUCUCUUUGAUGGAGUCCAGGGUGUUUGCAGUGGUAUUGUCCGAGGAUCAGGCCGGCAGACGAUAGGAGUACUGAUAAAUUUUGUUGCUUAUUGCUGUAUUGGGCUUCCUUGUGGGAUAACGUUGAUGUUUUUAGUCUUCCAUGAAAUUACAGGUCUCUGGAUAGGCUUGGGGGUUGGAGUCGUAUCUCAGGCGUCUUUAUAUGUGAUUCUACUGUGGAGAACAGACUGGGAGAGGCAAGCAAAGCUGGCGAAAGAACGAACAGCAAUCAAGUCAGCGUUGUACAAUGUAUCAGAGACUUGGAUAAAUGUAGAAGUCAGCAGAAGAGAAAGAGGUAGUGGUGUUAUAUCAAGGGUGUGGUUAGGAGGUGAAAAGGGGGUCCUAGGAUGCUUGUAACUUCUCUGUGAUAAUUAUUCAAAUCAGUUCAGCUUAAACUGCCCCAAAUGCUGAAAAGACGUCACCUCCUCACGGCAUAUGAUGUGAAGUGUUAGCGCCAACGGGCCCAUCGUUUGCAGGAGCUCAUUUAUUUCCGCGUGACGUGAAACGCCCAGGAAUUUUUCAUCAGUUCUGAUGGUUUUCACGGCUAACGGUUAAAAAUUUUGACCAUUUUACGGCUAACGGUUGACCUCAUUGAGAUUCUCGGGUAGUGGAGAACCAUCGAUAAUAACCGUGUUCCUAAUUCUGACCCUUGAUAUGAUGUAAAACGGAAAGAUUAUCUGCUUGUUUUCUUCCUUUUUUCAUUAGAUGCGAU